UAUAAGCGAUAAGGUGAGUUGACCAUCACGAAAAGGGAUCAUGCUUGUCUGAUUUUGCUCAGUCGCCCGCAGCUCGUUAAUCACCUCAGAACUAUUGCGCAUAUUGUUUUUUGCCGUGUUUCAAGCCCUCGCCAUGGUUCUCACCCUGUACGGCACUGGGCCGAGCCCCCCAGCCCGCGCGGUUCGUUUGGCGUGCAAGGCCAUGGGCAUCGAGUACGACUUUGUGGUCGUCGACGUGCUGGGCGGAGACCUCAAAAAGCCUGAGUAUUUGAAGAUAAAUCCACACCACACCGUUCCGUUUAUUAAGGAUGGAGAUUUCGUUCUUUGGGACAGCCACGCCAUCGUCGCAUACCUCGGCGACAAGACGGGCAACGACAGCUGGUACCCGAAGGACAUCAAGCAGAGGGCCACCGUUCACCAGCGCCUUCACUUUGACAACGGGAUACUGUUCACGAGGUUCAAGGACGCCGUGGCACCUGUCUUCUACGGGAAUGCCGUGGAGAUACCCAAAAAGAAGGUGCAGGCCAUGCAGGAGGCAGUGGACUUGGUAGAGCCCAUCAUCCACGAGGGCGGCUGGCUGGCCGGCAGUCGCCCCACCAUCGCCGACUGCUGUUGUGCCACCAGCGUAUCCAUCAUCGCAACUGUAUUUCCGGAGAUAACCUUGCCGCCCAAGGUGGUAGCCUGGCUGAGGCGGUGUGAGGAGGAACUCCCAGGCUAUGACGAGAUCAACAACCCCACGUACAGCAAGAACAUUGCCGAUGCCCUGGCUGCAAGGAUGGGCAAGAAGUAGGCGACUACAGUGUUGUGUCCAUCUCCAGAUCACCCAAUCUACACUUUCAUUUUAAUGACGCAUGCCUUGAAUGUCUAAUAAGGAAAGUGAACGCAUAUUUAAAAAGAAAUAAAACAUUCAAUGCGUCAAAAAUGUA